AUGGAUGAUACUAAAAGAUUAUACCACUCCCUCUCCACCGCAACCACCACCACCACCACCACCACCGUUCAAGAUCCAAUUCUGAAAGACACCGACACUCUCUGCGAAAGCCUCUUCAACCAACUCAACGCCAAGUUCCACGAAUUCUUCUCCGCUCUCCCUCUGGUCACUCAUGUGCCAGAGACUGAAUUCCUUCCAUCUCCGGAUUCCCAGUUAUGGCCACUUGUUGAACAUCUUUCUCUCAUUCUUCGCUGCUCCCUCGUUGCUCUGACACUUCCCUACUCCGACCAGAAUUUCUUCAUCAACAAACUCCGCUGCAUUCUUCGCAUCCUCAAAUCGUUCAUCUUCGUCGAUGUCACUCAACUCCAUGAUGGAACUACGGUCCUGCUCUGUCGUAACUUUCUCUCUGAUGGUCAAAUGGAACUCUCUGAUUCUUGCCGUCCAUUUCUCUGUGCGGUACUUCAGGUAUUUGCAGAUGAGCUUUUAAGACAUCGAUCAUUGAGAGGGUAUCUUAUGAUGGUGGAUUCUGUAUCUUCCGACAGUGAAAAGACUUUUGUGUGCCAAUUUAACCCUGGAAAUAUUGUUGUUGUUCUGGAGGUGAUAUCUGCACAUUUUAUCAUCUCAGUUUCUAAUAAGAAAGCAUUUGAGAAUUUCAUCAGUGGAUUAUGUUUGCAUUGGAAUGGAGAUUUUAGAUUUCAUGAACUUGGACUUGCCAGUGCCGUGGCAUUGUUGGUUGAUCCUGUUGUGUAUUCUGCACCAAAGAUGUUCCAGACACAUGUAAUUUCAUUGGUUUCUGAAGUCAUUGAUUCGGGCUUAUCUUCUGAGAAUUUGACUCUAGAUAUGAACUACUACGUAACGGCAUUUCAAUUAUCUGUCAGCUUGUACUCUAUGCAUGUGUCUAGCUUGCAAAUGGAUAGUUUUUGCAUUGAAUUGAGUUGUGCCUAUAAUAGAACCAUGUUUGUGAGAGGUCAUCCAACUUUUGAAUCUUGUAUUCAGGAAGGAACACGAAACAAACUAAGUCAGGUCUUUUCAAAAUCAUAUAGUUCAUUGGACUCAGCUGACCUUUUGACUGAGUACAUCAAAUAUAUGAAACAGAGGCAGUACAUAUUUGUUGAUUCAUGCCGGGAUAAGGCUGCCUCAAUCUUGGAUUACAUAAUCCAUCAAGCUUUCUCUCAUGAUGCUGCCGGAGAUGUAUUGCAUGUAAAGAAAAACACUAGUGCCGAAGAUAUUUAUCUUCUUGCGUCCAUAUUGAAGUUAAUGAGUGUUUCACUGCUACAAGCAAUUAAGUGUCUAAGUAAUAGUGGUGAUUCAAGUUGUUUGAAAACCACAAGAAGUUCCUCUGUGCAUGAUGAAUAUGAUUCCUUGAUCAGCAUCAUCAACCCUUUUCAACAAUUUAAGUUUUGUUUGCCCAUUCAGACCUUGCUGCAGAAUAUGAUGAAAAAUCAGCAAACAAAUUACCAAGUCUCCAAGUCAACAAUGUUUGCACACUUUUCAGGCUUGCUAUCUCUAAGUUUUUACAAUGGUUAUGAUGUAUUAGCAAAGGGGUGUAUAUCUGUAAUUAUGGCACUGCUGUCUAUGUUUAUUUUUGAAGAGGGAGAUUUAGUUGAUUUAGGGUCAUUCAGGGGUCCGCCAUUGCAUUCUUGUUCAUCUGAAAUUUUGUUGCAUGAAAAUGGAAAGGGGGCUAGAAGUAAACAAAUUAUACAUAAAAUUGCAGCAGAGUUUCAUAAAAUCCGAACAUAUAAUUUAAGAUCAAAUUCCGUAGUUGCGGAUGGAUCAGAGAAGACCUAUAACGGGGAAAAGUUUCUUGAUUGCAUGUUACACAAAAAAGAACCCGAUUAUGUUGAACUUGCAGACUUUCAUGACUGCAGCAAGGGAAAAGAUUAUUCCAGAUGGUUGAAUAACCGCAAAAAGUACAGAAAUUGGAAGCUUCAGAAAAAAUUAAAGUCAAAGAAGAUUAAGAAAGAUAGAGUGUGGAAGGCUUUGAGAUUCAGAAAAUUGGAAAGUCUGAAACGUUGGAAAAUUGGUCAAAUUUUGUUGCAUAGGUGA